CAGCGAAACCAAUACCAAGACGCCUCCAACUACAACUCUUCAAACGGGAACGGCAUGCACGUCUCCCACGGCAGCAAGAUGAAAAGGAAAACCGCUUGUAGUACACCUUUGGCCGACGUGGUCUCGCACUUCUUGCCGACAGCCUCCUGCUUGGUGUUUUCGUUUUCCUCCCUGGGACGAUUGAGGUUCUUGUCGCUGCUCUCUACUACCGCAAUUCUCCUCACCUGCUUCAUGAGAACAACCGACGCGACCCGAGUCGACUUCCAGAAACUCAGUGGCGAAACGAUUUUAAGUAUCGACUCCACGAGCGCGGACUUUCCCUGGAACAAAGACUUGCAAACACUGGAAGACGUCGUGAAGCAAGCGAAUCCAUCACUAUUCCACUCCGAGCACCAGAAACCAGAGUUUUUCUACAAGAAUCAGAAAUUGAACAAGAGUCUCAUCACGGUUGGUGAAUUCGUUUCGUUUGUGGAGCAGGAAGAAGAUGAAAACCGAGAGAAGAGGGACCACGACUACACCGGGAAAGUAGACAAGCACCACAGAGACAGUACUAUCACCGCCGUCAUUGCCGUGUACAAGCAACUCCGCACUUUCGCCGACUUUCUCAUGUUAGUGGAACAGGACCCGGAAAAAGAGCUGUUCGCCAAUGUCACGAGGGAUCUGAUGCGAUUGCCGUUUGAGCAACUUGGCAUGGAAAAUGAUGAUGCAGAUGAUGAUGAAGAAGUCUUCACUCUGACGCCAAGAAAAAACGCCCCCAUGUUUCUCCAGCGGGUGUGGCAGUUGAGGAAGAAUCACGCAGCGUUGAUGUCCAGUGGCAGCGCGACGAGUAGCCCUAGUAGCACAUCAGGCGGAAUAAAACCCACGUCUCCAUCCUCGCCAACAAAGUCGAAGAGGAAGAGGUCAUUUUCUGUCGCACGGAAAAAAUUUCAAAACGCGGAAGAAUUCGCGGACCAGCUGGACCGGGAUUUUCUCACCCCAUCCCACCAGCAGAGACUCUACUCCUGCGCAAGUAGAGCUGUGGUCCCUUCUCUUGUUGACCAUGCAUGUGGUCCAGAAGUUCAUCACCUUCCAGCGCCGCCGGUUAUCCAGCGGUACUUUGCUGCCAAGGC